AUGGAUACUAGUUGGAUUGAUUUACCAAAAGGCAAAUUUGCUUAUUAUGAGGGUUGCAUGAAAUUCUUAAAGAUUGCUAAGGAGACUCUUAUAGAUGGAAAAACCAAAUGCCCAUGUAAUAAGUGCAAGUUAAAUAAAUGGCAUCUUUUAGAAGAAGUAGGAGGCCAUAUUUUAUUUAAUGGUUUUUAUAAGAAUUAUAGAAAAUGGAUUUUCCAUUGUGAGGGUGAAGGGAGUAAUACCUUAAAGCCUCCUAGUGAUUAUGGGAAGGAAGUAGAUCGAGAUGAUAUGGAUGAGCUACUAAGAGCGGCUUUCGGGGUUCACAGUCCACAAUCCACUAAUGAAUUCCAAGCCCCAUCAUCAAAUGAAAUGAAUUUUGACAAGGAAGGUUCAUAUGACAUGCAUGAAGAGUUUGAUUUUCAUUGUGAGGUAAAUGAUGAAAUUCCUUCAACUAACACUAAUGAAGAAAUGGAAAAGUAUAAAAGUCUUAUGGAAGCUUCUAAUGAGGGUCUAUAUGAGGGUUGUACUACUUUCUCAAAGUUAUCAUUUCACUUACAUCUGUUUCACCUUAAGUGUAUGUUUCAUUGGUCUGCCGAGUCAUUUAAUAAAUUGAUUGAACUUCUAAAUGAUGCAUUCACUCAUAUUAAAGAGUUUCCAUCACCUUACUAUGAAGGGAUUAAGAUAAUCAAAGACUUGGGAUUAGGAUAUGAAAAAAUACAUGCAUGUCCAAAUGAUUGCAUGUUAUAUUGGGGGGAAUUUGACGCUGAAAUUGAGUGUCAUAUUUGUCAUACAUCAAGGUGGAUUACUAUUAAAGGGAAGGAGGGUGACACAAUUGAGAAAGGGAAUGAAUCAGUUAAGAAAGGUGAGCCAGCUAAAGUUAUGCGAUAUUUUCCUCUCAUAUCUAGACUAAAGAGGCUUUACAUGUCUUCUAAAACAGCAGAGGAUAUAAGAUGGCAUUUUAACCGUGAGGAUGAUAAGAUCCUAAGGCACCCUGUAGAUGGUGUUGCUUGGAAAAAAUUUGAUGAAAAUUAUAAGAUAUUUUCUGCCGACCCUCGUAGUGUUAGAUUGGGAUUAGCUAGUGAUGGUUUUAAUCCAUAUCGUCUAAUGAAUACUAAUUACAAUACAUGGCCGGUGGUUUUAAUUCCUUACAAUCUUCCACCAUGGAUCUGCAUGAAGUCAUCAUCUUUCAUUUUGUCCUUGAUUAUUCCGGGUAAAUAUGGUCCUAGUAUUGAUAUUGAUGUAUACUUGCAACCAUUAAUACAUGAUUUGAAAUUGUUGUGGAAAGGUGUAAAUGCUUUUGAUGCUUACAGUGGAAAAUCCUUUAACAUGCGAGCAGCCUUACACUCCACAAUAAAUGACUUCCCAGCAUAUGCUAUGUUGUCGAGAUGGAGUACCAAAGGUUAUAAAGCUUGCCCUUCUUGUGCUAAUUCUACUUAUUCAUAUAGAUUUGGUGGUAAAAUUAUCUUUCCUGGACAUCGAAAAUGGUUGCCAAUUGAUCAUCCUUAUCGUUGCAAAGCUCAAUUAUUUGAUGGGAAAGAAGAGUACGGCCUUGCUCCAAUUCCUUUAAGUGGGACCGAUGUUUUGAAGCAGCAAUAA